CCAACCUGACACAAUCAUAUCUAUAUUAAAGUAGUUAAUAGUAAGUAUCAUACAGCUAUUUGAACCAGUUUUUGUAAGUGCAAAACCAAAGGCCGGGCAGAGUUGCUGUCAGUAUCACUCUGUCACUGCAGAGUUAUAGAUCAGAAGCUCAGAGCUUCAUUCUCACUUUGCCUUUCCAAACAUUUCCAGCAUUCUAAAGCUCUCUUUUCAAAUUUCCCUCCACAUAUCAGACAUGGAAACUCACUUGGUUUCCAAGCUCUUAACUCUGUUCUUGAUGACCUUGUUUAUGAGUUCUGAGCUGAUCCAGUGCACCACCGUCACCUACGAUAAGAAGGCCAUUAUCAUCAAUGGCCAGAGAAGAUUACUCAUUUCUGGCUCAAUUCACUAUCCCAGAAGCACCCCUGAAAUGUGGGAAGGUCUUAUACAGAAAGCCAAAGAUGGAGGCUUGGAUGUCAUUGACACCUACGUUUUCUGGAAUGGUCAUGAACCUUCUCCUGGCAAUUACAAUUUUGAGGGAAGAUACGAUCUCGUACGGUUCAUAAAGACAGUACAGAAAGCAGGGCUCUACCUUCAUCUGCGCAUUGGACCUUAUGUUUGUGCAGAGUGGAAUUUUGGAGGAUUUCCGGUUUGGCUGAAAUAUGUCCCUGGUAUCAGCUUCAGAACAGAUAAUGGGCCAUUCAAGAUGGCAAUGCAAGGGUUCACCCAGAAAAUUGUCCAGAUGAUGAAAAAUGAAAAGCUAUUUGCAUCACAAGGUGGUCCCAUCAUCCUUUCCCAGAUAGAGAAUGAGUAUGGGCCAGAGAGCAAGGCACUUGGAGCUGCUGGUCAUGCCUACAUUAAUUGGGCUGCCAAAAUGGCUGUUGCAUUGGAUACAGGAGUUCCAUGGGUGAUGUGCAAGGAAGAUGAUGCCCCAGACCCUAUGAUAAAUGCAUGUAAUGGUUUUUACUGCGAUGGCUUCUCUCCCAACAAACCCUACAAGCCUACCAUGUGGACCGAGGCUUGGAGCGGCUGGUUUACAGAGUUUGGCGGCACAAUUCACCAUCGACCUGUUCAAGAUUUGGCAUUUUCAGUUGCUCGCUUCAUACAGAAGGGUGGCUCAUAUAUUAACUACUACAUGUAUCAUGGAGGAACCAACUUUGGACGCACUGCUGGAGGCCCAUUCAUUACAACCAGUUAUGACUAUGAUGCUCCCAUUGAUGAAUAUGGUUUGAUCAGACAACCUAAAUAUGGUCAUCUGAAGGAGCUCCAUAAGGCGAUCAAGCUUUGUGAACAUGCUUUAGUUUCUUCAGAUCCUACUGUUACUUCAUUAGGAGCCUAUCAGCAGGCUUAUGUAUUCAAUUCAGGACCAAGAAGAUGUGCAGCUUUUCUCUCAAACUUCCAUUCAACAGGAGCAAGGGUGACUUUUAAUAACAUGCACUAUGAUUUGCCUGCUUGGUCAAUUAGCAUCCUUCCUGAUUGCAGAAAUGUAGUAUUUAACACUGCAAAGGUGGGAGUUCAAACUUCACGGGUGCAGAUGAUCCCAACAAAUAGUCGGUUGUUUUCAUGGCAGACUUAUGAUGAAGAUGUUUCUUCUCUACAUGAGAGAUCAAGCAUAGCAGCUGGUGGACUUCUAGAGCAGAUAAAUGUCACUAGAGAUACUAGUGACUAUCUGUGGUACAUGACCAAUGUUGACAUCAGUUCAUCAGAGCUCCGUGGAGGGAAAAAGCCUACUCUCACUGUGCAGUCAGCAGGUCAUGCCCUCCAUGUUUUCGUCAACGGACAGUUUUCAGGGUCAGCCUUCGGAACUAGGGAGCAUAGGCAAUUCACAUUUGCUAAAACAGUCCACCUCCGUGCCGGAAUAAAUAAAAUUGCACUACUCAGCAUAGCUGUUGGAUUACCGAAUGUUGGGUUGCACUAUGAGUCAUGGAAAACAGGAAUCCUGGGUCCAGUUUUUCUGGAUGGUCUUGGCCAGGGAAGGAAAGACUUAACAAUGCAGAAGUGGUUCAACAAGGUUGGCCUUAAAGGAGAAGCAAUGGAUUUGGUCUCUCCAAAUGGAGGGUCAUCGGUUGAUUGGAUCCGAGGCUCGCUAGCUACCCAAACCAAACAGACGUUGAAAUGGUAUAAGGCUUAUUUUAAUGCACCUGGAGGAGAUGAGCCAUUGGCUUUGGACAUGCGGAGCAUGGGCAAGGGUCAAGUAUGGAUCAACGGCCAGAGCAUAGGCAGAUACUGGAUGGCUUAUGCCAAUGGUGACUGCAGUUUGUGCAGCUACAUUGGGACGUUCCGGCCGACGAAGUGUCAACUUGGCUGUGGCCAACCAACUCAACGAUGGUACCAUGUUCCUCGGUCCUGGUUAAAGCCAACACAAAAUCUGGUGGUAGUGUUUGAGGAACUCGGUGGGGACCCAUCAAAGAUAACCCUGGUGAAGAGAUCAGUGGCAGGUGUUUGUGCUGAUUUACAAGAACACCACCCAAACGCUGAAAAAUUCGAUAUUGACAGCCAUGAAGAAUCGAAAAUGCUUCACCAGGCCCAGGUUCAUCUGCAGUGUGUGCCAGGGCAGUCUAUCUCGAGCAUUAAGUUUGCAAGUUUUGGAACUCCUACUGGAACUUGCGGGAGUUUCCAGCAAGGAACGUGUCAUGCGACCAACUCUCAUGCCAUUGUAGAGAAGAAUUGUAUUGGCCGUGAGAGUUGCUUAGUUACUGUAUCGAAUAGCAUAUUUGGGACAGAUCCAUGCCCGAAUGUACUCAAGCGGCUAUCAGUUGAAGCUGUUUGUUCAACAGGAAUUGCUACCAAUCAACCCGAUUCGAGGAGAUGAAGACGUUGUAAAAGGAGGCGCAUCAAGCAAAGCUAUGAAGCAAAGAAUCAAGACAAAGCGAGGCAUACUUACAGAUGAAGAUCUACAUUGAAUUGGCCAAUCUCUAUCUAUCAGAAUAGAGUCCUUGGAUUCACAUUGUGUUUGUGUAUAGUUAGUUUGUUAAGUAAAGGCAAGUGCUUUUGCCUCAAGUAAGCUUUUAAAGCAUAGUUUGUUAAGUAAAGGCAAGUGCUUUUGCCUCGAGGUUUGAUUAGAUUGGCUCCGGUUUUGACUGUCAUUCCAAAAUAAACUUAAUGCAAAAUCUUAUUGUUUUCAA